UCUGAACAGCCCAGUCCUGCCAGCUCCAGCUCCAGUUCCAGUUUUACACCACCUCAAAACAGCAGACAACAAGGUCCGUUGAGGUCUAUAAUGAAAGACCUGCGUUCAGAUGAUAAUGAAGAUGAAACAGAUAGAGCAGAUGAGAAUGACAAUGAUUCUGAGUUGGAACAUCCUGUAAAUACACAAGGGGGAAGCAGGAGUCGCAGGGUUAGUCUGAGUGAUGGCAGUGACAGUGACAGCAGUUCAGCUUCCUCACCACUACAUUGUGAACCAGCACCACCUUUACUGAAAACCAACAACAAACAGAUUUUAGAAGUGAAAAGUCCAGUAAAGCAAAACAGAUCUGAUAAACAAAUCAAGAAUGGGGAUUGUGAUAAGGCAUAUCUCGAUGAACUAGUAGAGCUUCACAGAAGAUUAAUGACAUUGAGAGAGAGACAUGUACUGCAGCAGAUAGUAAAUCUUAUAGAAGAAACUGGACACUUUCAUAUCACAAAUACAACGUUUGACUUUGAUCUUUGCUCUCUGGACAAAACCACAGUCCGUAAACUACAGAGUUACCUGGAAACAUCUGGAGCUUCAUGAGGAUUUCUAUCUGGCUGCAUCAAAAACUAUUCUUUAAACGAAACAUUCAGAAUGAUGCAAUCAAAAUAGGGGGAUAAAACAAAACAACUCUUUCAGCUUUAUUUUUCCUUAGAGCCAGUCAUCAUCUCUCGAUAAGGAAGAGGAAAAGUGACAAGACUCAGAGGACCACUCUUCUCAAGAAGAAAAUGCUCUGGAAGAGUUUGCCUGGAUUAGCCUUGAAAAACAAACACACAAAAAUGAACGAAAAUACUUGGUCUUAAUGAAUGUGUAUGGUAUCAUGUAUCUCUCUGUGGUGUUCCAGUCCACAAGACGAAUGCAUGUUCAACACACUGCCUUACUGCAUAACUGAUCUAUUAUUGCAUACAUGUAUUCUGAAGUCAGUGAGUCAUUGAAUGACACUACCAGAUGUUGCAAGUAGUGGGGUCUCAUGUGUGCUCUUUUGGUGCAGUACUAUCACAAGCCUAGUUAUCUUAUUCAUGUUAAAAUGCCACUCCUUGCUGUCUUUCUCUAGUCACUUAACACACUACAGUCUUGUUUCCACUUAUUUCCAGGAAACAAGAUACAAAGUUGGGGAUCAAACAGUGGUCCUAUAUUUUGUUUCCCAUCUGCCACAGUAGGUUGGACCACAGCAGGCUGGACCGCAGGUCCUUGGCUCUAUC